UAUCACGUGAUUUCAGACAUCAGAGGCGAGGGCGGCUCCCGGCUGACAGCUGAAUGUCAACUCUUAAGUUUUUAGAUCACUCCGACCAUGACCAAAGGCAAAGGCAAGCAAGUUGAGCCUAUGGUGCUCCUGCCGCCAAUGCCUAACCCGUCUGCAGGCAGCGCCAACCCCUCUGCAUCUCUAUCCUCCCUCUGGGGAUAUUUACUCCCAGCACUAAACCAUAUCGUCCGCUCGCCCACAAACUCAACCGAAAAGGCGCCCGUUAUCGACAUUUCAUAUCACAUGGGGAUACACACAGCAACCUAUAACUAUUUCACUAUGCAAGUUGAGACUGUCAGCACUAACAAGGAGCGCGAAAGACUUACACCAAGCGGAACGGAUUUGUAUGAGCAUAUCGACAAGUACUAUGCGGAUGUCGCUCGGGAACUGUUACUCGGUGCUCCAGAGGAUGAUUCAUCUUUGAUCCAUUACAUCGUCCCGUGUUUCAACCGCUACGCCGCUGGCGCACACUCCGUGAACCGUCUCCUCAAUUAUGUGAACCGACACUAUGUGAAACGCGCUGUCGACGAGGACAGAGGCUGGCUCACUCUGAGCGAUAUCUUUGAUGCUGUUGCGAAGGCUAUACAGGACGGGGACACAAAAGAUAAAAUUACGAAUAAGUUGAAGGAGAGGCGGACGGAGGAAUUGAAGAAGUGGGGGUGGGAUGAAGGGGGGACGAGCGAGCAGCUUGCGCACGCUGAGUCGUGCGCGGAGGCGGCAAGUCCGGUUGACCGUGUCGUACCACUGUCUGCGCUGGCGCUUCGACGGUUUAGAACGGAACUUUUGGAACCUUUGCUGGCUGUUCCCAAAUUGAAAGGGAAUAAAAGGAGAAAGGCAGGGACUCAUAAUGGGAACGCUCCCAAUUUACCAAAAGGGCGCCUUGCGAGAGCUGUCAGGGAGUUACUAGAAAAGCAAGAUGUGGAUGUGGAAGAGAGGAAGAGACUAGUGACAGAACUUGCAAACGCAAUGCGCGUUACUGGCGUACGCGACGGACAUCCUCUACGGAAGAGGCUGGAUAAGUAUUUAUCAACGGGGACUGUAUAGAUUUAUUAUCCAUUGUAGCUUGAUCUCGAACAAGUGGACUCGAAACACAACAUGGUAU